AUGUUAUUUUUUCACCUCUUCCGGAGCCUUGGGUACCUUUUGUAUGGCGUCUGCCAACGUUGGCGUGCUUUGCGUGCUAAUCCUCAGAAUAUUAUCACUCCAUUAGAUAAACACUAUACCUAUGUCUACGCCGGAUUACGGAUGGUUGAUAUCUUAGGGCAUGUUAAUAACUCUAAAUACCUUGAGAUUUGUGAACUUGCUCGUUGGCAUUUUGGAGGUUAUUCAGGUUUAUUUCCAGUCUUACUGAAGGCCAGGGUAAAUUUUGUAGCUGCCUCUGUUGUUAUGCAGUUUGUGAGAGAAAUGCCACCCUUUCGAAGGUAUCUUGUCACAACAGAGGUUCUGAGAUUUGAAGGCGCAAAUGAUUCUGGAACUAAUACCAGUUCUAAUAUUAUUAAUACUACUCCCUCAGCUGAAACGAGUAAAGGUAGUGAUGGUAAUGACACACCCCGUGACGGUCGUGUGGUACUUGUACAAGAGAUAUGGAGUGCUGACGGAAAGAAACUGUAUGCUGGUGUUUUGUUUAGAGCCGCUUUGGUGGGUGAUGCAAACUCACCUAUUGCUCUUCCUUCUACAGGAGAACGUCGUGGUAGAAGUGCACCAUUAUGCUGUAGUAGUGCUUUUGCAGUAAACGGAACUACUACCACUGAGGUGAAGGCAAUGGCAGCUAAAAACACAGAGAGAUUCUACGCUCGUAUGGGGUUUAAUGCAUCUAAAGAUAUUGCUGAAGGUAAAGAUUGGAUCGAUGGUACAAGACAGAUAGAAAGAGCGUGGCGUUCUGGACUCCGUAACGUUAAAUCCCCUCAAUGA